AUGCCGUCGUUUUUUCCUUCUAUGCCUCCCUGCGAUAGAGCGGCGAUGCUGACGGUUUGCGAGGCGCGACGACAGUACCUUGCCGCUCAUGUUACGCAGUUAUACGCCAAUACCAAUCCGGCCGAGCUCUGGAGCAGCAUCGUGAAGUACAGAGAGCGAAACAGCACCGAGUUGCUCGAUACAGUAAAUUCUUACGAUGAGCUACGGUUAUCCUACAGUGGGUAUAGGAAGGUCGUGUACAGCCUUGUUUUUCGCGUUUCGCCUGAGGAGGAAAAACAGGCGUCUGUAGAGGAGCGAGAGUCCCGCAAAAAGCUUUACUUUAACCACCCCUUUCUUUCACCGGCAACUUUCCUCGCUUUCCCACGAGCCGAGGACGGAACGAUUCCCGCUGUUCCCAUGUAUGCCUUUGCCGCGAAGCGUCUUCUGCUAUACAGAAUGCGGGUGGAACUGGAGUUGGUGGCAAGAGUUUUACCGCCAUCCCUUCAAGAUCCCGCCACGAGGGUUACCCAUCGUUUGUUGUGUCCCCCGAGUUCAUCCUCGCCACUUUCAAACGGGCUUACACAGGAGGAUAUUGAGGCGUUUUUAUACGAUUUGCUUCCCAACUUGCGGCUGGUUCGCGAUAUGCCGCCCUGGAUGCAGCCGUACUAUCUUUGCCAUGCCUCUAGGAAGUUUAUGUUCAUGUGUGACACAAGACGCACGGGAGCGAUAUCUAUUGAAAGCAUGAUGAAAAGCGAUGUCUUCUCGGAACUUUUAAGGGUGUUUGAGAGUGAUGCGAACGAUGCCAUUGUGGUCUUCACAAAAGGGUGUACAGUUGACGUGGCUGCGUCACUCGUGACUGCCGAUGCGGCGGAGGAUGACACGAUUCCGGCCCUUGUGCUUUUCCAUGAGGGAGAGGGUAAUAACCAAGACGACAUGUAUAUUGUGAAGACGUUGACAGAUGGCGUAGUUUUGGAAGUCCGACGCGGCCAGUUGUACUGGAACUCUGGAUCAACGGAAUUUCUUCAACCAGACGUACUUUGCAUGGACAACUGGUUUUCCCUGGCACUUAUGGCUCGCAUUUACGAGCACUUUACGAGUCUAGACAUUGACGGUGAUGGUGUCCUCACGGUGGAUGAGCUUUCCCGCUAUAGUGACGGCAGCUUCACGCGGCUGGUGAUUGAGCGGGCCUUUGAGUGUCACGUUCCGCACAGCGGCAAGCGACACAUUAUGGAUUACAAGACCUACUUGGACUUUGUCAUUGCGACAGAGCACGCCGCGACUCUCCCUGCGAUGAAAUACAUUUGGAGCAUACUUGAUCUUGAGGAGAACAGGAAGUUUGUGACGGUUGAAACACUGCGGUGCUUCUGCAAGGCGAUUGCAAACGAACUUAUUGCAAACGGCCUCAUGACAGACAUUUCUGCGCAGUCGAUUCUUUCAGAGGUGAUAGACAUGAUUAAUCCAAAGUGGCAUGAAUGGGUCGAGCUGGAUGAUAUCGUGCGUUCAGGCCAUCAAGCGACGGUCCUUCCAAUAUUGCUGAGCUAUCGCAACUUCUACGCAUACGAUUGCCGCGAACAGACAGCCGCCGCGGCCAAUGACGAGUACGCAUGA